AGCGCAGAGUAAACAGCUCCGCUCUUUACUCGUCUUUAUCCUCCAAAAAGCUUUAUCUGCGUUCAUGUGGCGCUAGAGAAGCGGCCUGACUCUGAAUAUCGUAACACAGCGACGACGAGCGAGUUUAGCCGCUUGCUCCGCGCUUUGCGGCGGGAAUACAGCAGUUUGAGGGGUUUGUUUGCUUGCUAAGCUAACUGUGAAGUUGAGAGCUGACAGAGCUCUGAGCGGGAAAGCUGACAGAAACAUGGCGAGUCCUGGGAAGUCACCUGGAAAGGCCGCUAAAAAAGAAGGCAGACCCCGCUCUCCACCCGACAAGAAGCGAGGGAAACCAUUGGAGGAGUCUUCAUCCACUAUAUGUGGAGAACAAAGCAGUAGUUCCACUCUGAAGGGCGAUGACAUCCAGGCCCUGUCCAUCAGACUUGAGCACCUGGAGAAGCUGCGGGCCCCUCAGCCACCAAAAGAUUCCCAGAAGCCCCGCGCAACAACCCGUGUGCUAGUCCGCAAGACGCGUCCCCAUGAGGAGGUCAGAACAGGUGUGAAGGUUGUCGUGGCAAGACCCCUGCCACAGGAUGCAGCACCACUGCCAUUGGACUACACAGGUCCGGGAGGCCCACGCUUUGAUACCCAGGGCAUGGUCCUGCCCCACAGCAUUCUGGGAAGUCUGGAGGACUUUAGAAGAGAGAUGGAGGCCAGAGGAGAGACGGAGCUAGUUAAGCGAAUUCCUGAUCUGAAGACAAAGCACCCUCUGGAGACUGGAGUGCAGAAUAACAACGAGAAGGUCAAAUCCCUUCUGAAAAGUGAAUGGGAUCUUCAAGGCCACGCUCUUCAGAACUGGAAUUAUCACAUGACGGAGAGACGCAGACAGCAGAACUUCAUCUCACAGUUGCUGCAGAAGCCAGUGGAGGAUCUGCUGAUGAACCAGUCAAACAGAUUCAGAGAGAUUCAGGAACAAAGAGAAGUCAUCAGCAGAGGCCUACCUGCCAUAGAGUCUGGACAUGGCUGCCGCAUGGGCAGUGAGUUCUGGACUGUUCCACAGCGGUUUGGUGAUGAAUUGAGUGGAAUCACGGCCACGUUAACCCAGACAGAAAGAGGCAACCCUCAACCCAUCACACACAUCGCACAGCCACACAGCACACGCCUGGAGUCAGGUUCUGUGCUGUCUGAUGGCUCAGUGAGUAGAGCCUGGAAUCAAAGUCAGUACCUGCAACGUCGCCAACAUGAACUUGGAGACAUACUUAGAGAAAUGGACUUUAACCAGCCGGACAUGGAUGCUUUGGAGGUUGUAGGCUCCAAUCAGCCUUUUACUUCAUCAGUAGAGUGCUCUCCUCUACUGGAGGAGGAAGAGGAGGAGAGGAUGGAGGGAGAGCACAAAGAGAAUGAGGACCCCCUGGCAUUUUACGAUGAUGUCAUGCUGGACGUGGAGCUGGUGCCUGCUUUGAGGUUUUGUGGUGAACUAGCCUGCUGGACGGGUACUGCCAUCUCUCACCAGGGAGAAGUGGGCAUUUCUGCGCGAUUGACAUUCGAGGCUGUGGUUGGGGAGAGUGCAUGUUCUCACCUAGAGCUGAAGAACGAGGGCAGCACAGCCAUUUAUUACAGCUGGCACAGACUAGCACGGCCACACAGCUUCACUGAGGCAAGAUCACAGAGAUAUACUCAAUACUUCUACUUCAACACAUCUACAGCGGUGAUACUGCCAGGCGAUACAGAGUGUAUCCUGUUCACCUUCAAGAGUAUGUAUCCUGGGAUCUUGAGUGAAGUUUGGCAGCUUCAUACACACCCUGUGCUACUGGGCGGAGCCUCAUUGCAGGUCACACUGAGGGGCGUGGCACUGUACCAGGACAAAACUGCUGAUCAGAGAGCCGCCUUGGAGCUGGAACUGGAGCAACGAAAGACAAAAUCAGUGUGCAGAUCUAUGGUGUAUGAGUUACUGCGUAAUGUUCACACUCCAGAGAGGCCCAGAUCUCCACCUCAACUGUACAUCACUGAAGAGGAGCACUUCCUCGCCAGCAAUCCCAACCUGCACUACCACCAUGAGCCAGUGGAGGCACUGAAGAGGCUAUGGGAGCAGGCCCAUAGGUCAAAAGUCAUAGGGUUGGGAAAGGCAGAGAGUGAACACAUAACUGUAGAAAUUCCAGUCUGGGAUCUAGACGUGGACCAUCUCCGACAGGUGGUGCUUGGCUUGCCGCAAGAAGACACAGAGUCAGAGGGUGUAAUGUGCAGGGAAGAGGCUCUGAGGCAAUGCAACUCACUGAUCCUGCAGCUCCACCAACCACAGCCCCCAACCAAGCCACUCACUCUGCACUGCAUCGGGCUGCAGUUGUGGAGGGAGCUGUGUGAUGGGUUAGUCAGUGAGGCUCUGUGGAUCAGACAUAUGCUGGGAUUGCCUGAGAAUAAUAAGUGGGGAGACGCACAGCACGAGCAGGACAGCUGGGAUAAGACAAAGAAGCAAGAGAAGACAGAGAGAAAAGGAGCACCCUUGAUUAAAGAAGAGAAGAAAGGAGGCAAUGCCAAAGAGAAAGAAGAGAAGAAAGUUGCACCCAAGACUGCAGCUAAAGACAAAUCAGCAGAGGAUCAUGGACCCAGUAAGAAAAGGGUUAAAGAAGAGAAGAAUGUGGGGAAAGAGAGUAAGGACAGAGAGUCAUCCUCCACUGCAGCCAGCCCAGAGGGUGAUAACAGCCAGCAGGACUUCAUCCAUUCACAGCUACAGCGCAAAUAUGUACACACACUACACCAACAGGUGUAUGUUUUGAUGGAGGGGAUGAUUAAUUCUCUGUGUGAACUACUGGAUGAGGCUGAGCACAGUGAAGAUGACCUACACUAAUCCUACUGAAACAAAGCUUUACUAAACAAAUCUUUACUAAACAAGUCCUACUGAAGCAGGUUCUUAUUGAAAUCUUAUGAAACAAAUCCUAUGAAACAAAUUCUUACUAAACAAAUUCUUACUAAACAAUUCUUACAAAAAAAAUCCCUCUGAAACAAAUCCUUCCUAAUCAAGUCCUACAAAACAAUUUCUAUGAAAGAAGCAUUUACGAAACAAAUCCUUAAACAAAUCUUACUGAAACAAAUCCUUACUAGAAAAUUCCUAUAAAACAAAUCCUUACUAGAAACAUCCUCUAAAACAAAUCCUUCCUAGAAAAAUCCUAUAAAACAAAUCCAUACUAAACAAAUCCUCUCUAAACAAAUUAGAUUAAAACAAAUCCUACUGAAACAAAUCCUUACUAGAAAAUUCCUAUAAAACAAAUCCUUACUAGAAACAUCCUCUAAAACAAAUCCUUCCUAGAAAAAUCCUAUAAAACAAAUCUAUACUAAACAAAUCCUACUGAAACAAAUCCUUACUAGAAAAUUACUAUAAUACAAAUCCUUACUAGAAAAAGCCUAUAAAACAAAUCCAUACUAAACAAAUCCUAAGAAACAAAUCCUUACUAAAUAAAUUAGAUUAAAACAAAUCCUACUGAAACAAAUCCUUACUAGAAAAUUCCUAUAAAACAAAUCCUUACUAGAAAAUUCCUAUAAAACAAAUCCUUACUAGAAAAUUCCUAUGAAACAAAUCCAUACUAAACAAAUCCUAAGAGACAAAUCCUUUCUAAACGAAUUAGAUUAAAAGAAGUCCUACUGAAACAAAUCCUUACUAGAAAAUUCCUAUAAAACAAAUCCAUACUAAACAAAUCCUAAGAAACAAAUCCUUACUAAAUAAAUCAUAUGAAACAAAUCCUACUUAAAUCCUUACUAGACCAAUCUUAUUAAAAAAUAUGAACACAUACUAUGGACCAAGUUCUAACUAAACACAUCCUACAAAACAGAUCUUACUUAAGCAAAUCAUUACUAGCAAAUCCUACUUAAUCGCAUCCUUACUAAAUAAAUCUGAUUGAAAUGAAACCUACAGUAAUACAUUAAAUCAUUUGUUAAACACAUUCUACUAAACAGUCCCACUGAAACAAAUCCUUCUAAAACAAAUACUUACUAAACAAAUCCUACUUAACAAAAUGCCCUGAAACAAGUGCAACUGAGAUAAAAGCUCCUGAAAUAAAUCCUGCUGAACUGAAUCCCAUUCAAAAAGUUCUACUGAAAGGAACUCAAACUAAAGAAAUUCCCCUAAAACUAAACUAAUGUUAUUUGCAGUGAAUCCAACUGAGACAUUUUCUCUGUUUUCCAGUGUCUCUCCACCUCCCUGUCUCGCUGUCUGGUGGUGCCUUAUAUUGGGCUCAUUACAAUACUGACUAAACAGAAUAAAUAAACACCACCUUGCCAUAUGUGCAUCCUGUAUGUGUUGCUGGAUGUAAUGUGUUUAUUGUUGGUGGUGGUGGUUUUUUACACCUGCAAAUGUGUCAUUUAUACAUUACUGCCAUCCUUCUUUAGUGGUUUAUUCUUUAGGGUCAAACUAGUGUCAUCUUAAGAAGUUCUCAGCUCAGCUUUGACAUAUCAAAUAUCUGUUUGGAAUUGAAGACCACAGAAUAAACACUUGAUUGCACUCGUA